AUCAUGAGAAAAUCAAGGAAACUUGGAGGAGAAUUCACCUCUAGAUAAAUGGCCAAGAUCGCAUCACAAGAGAUGAGGAUUCCUCUAUAAAUAGUAGUCAUUCUUUACGCCAAGACCAUCACUUAUUGACACAGAAUUCAGUUCAUUAGUCAAGCUCUCCUCACUCCAAAACCCUCUCCAAAAAUUCAUAAAUAGCCUCUUGCCGUGAAGAGCUUUAGGACUUCUCCAAGGCUAUUCAUGUUCUUGAAGGCCUAGCUGUGUGCUCUCUUGACGUUCUCCAAGCUUCCUUGAAGAUCAAAAAGAAUACCCUCAAUCCCCGGUUAGAAUGAUCCCUACUUGCUUAUAUACUAACGAAUGACAACAUGGUUUUAAAUUAAAUGCCUAUUUCGGCGACAUUAACCAUAACUAAGAAGUAACAAGGAAAGAACUAUACCUAGCUAAUCAAAUUCCAGUGCAGAAUGGCACCAAAGUUGGGGAUUUCACUGGCAUUCCUCAUUUCAGUAACUCUAGCACUACAAAUUGGAGCCAAUGCCGCAGGCAUUGCUAUUUACUGGGGUCAAAAUGGGAAUGAGGGUACCUUGGAAGAGACAUGUGCCACAGGCAACUAUGACUAUGUGAACAUAGCUUUUCUCUCAACAUUCGGCAAUGGCCAGACUCCCAUGAUAAACCUAGCCGGACAUUGUGAUCCUUCCACUAAUGGCUGCACCGGUUUGAGCUCCAACAUUAAGUCAUGCCAAGCAAAAGGGGUCAAGGUGAUUCUUUCGAUCGGAGGAGGAGCAGGGAGCUACUACCUCACAUCUAAAGAGGAUGCUAGGCAGGUUGCAAUCUAUUUGUGGAACAAUUUCUUGGGAGGAACUUCAUCUUCUCGCCCUCUUGGUGAUGCUGUUUUGGAUGGAAUUGAUUUUGAUAUCGAGGGAGGAACAUACCUAUAUUGGGAUGACCUCGCUACAUUCCUCUCUGCAUACAGCAACCAAGGUAAGAAGGUUUACUUGACCGCAGCGCCCCAGUGCCCUUUCCCUGAUGCUUGGGUUGGAGGUGCCCUCAAGACGGGCCUUUUUGACUAUGUUUGGGUCCAAUUCUACAACAACCCUCCAUGCCAAUACUCGGCCGAUAUCAGCAACCUUGUAAGUGCAUGGAAUCAGUGGGUUUCCGAUAUUCCGGCCACCAAGAUAUUCCUUGGUCUACCAGCUGCACCUGAAGCUGCUGCAAGUGGCUUCAUUCCUGUCAAUGAUCUCACUUCUAAAGUGCUUCCAGCAAUUAAAGGUUCGUCUAAGUAUGGAGGGGUCAUGCUUUGGUCCAAGUAUUAUGAUGAUCAGACUAAAUACAGUGCUUCCAUCAAGAACUACCUCUAGCUAAAAGUCUAAAUCACACUCGUAUUGUUGUGUAUUUCUACUUGUAUCAUUAUUAUGCAUAAAAAUAAACACAUUGUGUGCUUUCUUAUACUA